AUGUUUGACCGAGCUUUUGGUCUGAUAUUGGCAAUUACAUUCCUUGGAGGUGCCUGGAUAGGCUUCCAACCUGCCCCAAAGUCCCAUCUAAGCCAGUAUGGUGCUUGCAAAGAAGUCCGGGCAACUGGGGCAACGGCUACAGUAUUCCGCUAUCAACUCAACAAUGGAUCGUCUUACGCGGUGAAACGUUUUCGAAAGAAAAGUCAAAGUACAACACAGGAAGAUUACUUGUCCAGCGUUCGGAACGAGGUCGAAAUUUCCAAUUAUCUGAGUCACAAGCGAAUCAUGCCUACAUUGGACUUUUUUGACGAAAAUAGGGUGUUCUAUUCUGUGAUGCCUUACGUACCAAUCACGCUUUUCGAUCGCAUCAUGAGAAAUACUACCGUCUUAUUGGAAGAGCAGCGUGACUGUAUCUUCCGACAAAUCGUUGAUGCGAUUGUGUAUAUGCACAGUAAAGGGGCGGCCCAUCUAGAUCUCAAGCUCAACAACAUUCUUCUUGAGGACGAAAGCGAAAUCAAAGUCAUUGACUUUGGGAACUCUCGAGUUUUCCAGCAGCCCCACGGUGCUUUGGUCAAAGGUUUAUUUGCUACUCCACCGAACGCCCCUUACGAGGCGUAUCAAGAUGGAUACUACGACCCUUUUGCGGGCGACGUAUGGGCAGUCGGGAUGAUUUACUGUCAAAUGACAUUCCCACUGGCCCCAUGGAACAUGGGGUUACAGCCACCAGCGAUCUUUGCCAUUUUUUCUCCCUCCGUGUCGCAAGCGCCAUCGGCCAUCGAUUUGACGCAGCUGCAAGCCACAGUGGAGAUGAUAUCGCGGAACCUCCCAGAGCGGGCCCGGUCGGUGAUCGGCGGAAUGCUUCGGUCUAACCCUCAGGACCGCAUUAGCAUGAAUGAAGUGUUAGAAAAUGAUUGGAUCCGCAGUCUCCGAAAUUGCGAAUGA